AUGCUUCCCAUGAAGCCGUUGAAUUUGUUCCUUCGACUGUUGCAGGUUGCAUUUGCAACCAUCGUUAUGGGUUUGAUCGGUGACAUGCUCAACGAUUAUCGGAGCCACAGUCAAGCGACAGUGAACUAUGUGAUGUUCACGGUAGCUUUCGCUCUCGCAACGCUAUUUUACCUCAUAGCGGCCAAUUCGAGCGAAUCGCUCAUGAUCCACCCCGUUAUUUUGUUCCUUGUGGAUUUGCUGAAUCUGCUCUUCCUCUUUUGUGCUGCUGUGGCGUUGCCGUCGAAACUCCAUGUUCCAGAUUGCAGCAACGAUCGAGAACUUCGAGAAAAUACCAUCACCAGGCAAUCCAGGUCUCUUCGAAAGACCUGCCGCGAGGCCAAAGCAGCAACUGCGUUUCUAUGGUUCCUCUGGUUUGUAUUCCUCAUCUCGACAAUCCUUUCCGGCAUCAGGAUGACCGGAGGAUGGUUGGGAAUGCGGCGUCGUGCGCACCGACGGUCGUCCCGCGUGGCACCACAACCGACAAUGUCUCAAGUCUGA